CUUCAGAAAACUUCUGGUUGGCACAAAUGGAUUGGAUGGAUCCUCUUUCCAUAUUUUUCCUGUUUGUCCUUACGAUCAUACUUCUUUUGAAAAUGGGGAGUUUCUGGAAUGGCAACUGGCAGAAGUUCCCCCCAGGACCGAGACCGUUCCCACUUAUUGGAAAUUUCCACCUUUUAGAUCUGAAGAGGCCUCACAGAACCAUGUUGGAGUUAUCCAAACAGUAUGGGUCUGUGUUCAGCAUUCAAAUGGGAUCCCGAAAAAUGGUUGUGCUGACAGGGUUUGAGACUGUAAAGGACGCUUUGGUGAACCAAGCUGACGCCUUUGCUGGGAGGCCUUUCCUCCCAAUGUUUGAAGAGUUUCUGAGGGGUUAUGGUAUUAUUUUUGCCCGCGGUGAGAACUGGAAAGUGAUGCGGCGGUUUACGUUAACCACUUUGCGGGACUAUGGAAUGGGCAAGAAGACCAUUGAAGACAGGAUUGUUGAGGAGUGUGGUUUCCUGAUAAAGAGAUUUGAAUCUUAUGAAGGAAAACCAUUUGAGAACAGUGCAGUUAUGAAUGGUGCCGUUUCCAAUAUCAUAGUAUCGAUAUUACUUGCCAAACGAUUUGAUUAUGAAGAUCCCAUAUUUCGAAGAUUGCUGAGCUUGAUCAAUGAAAACGUCCGGCUUCUUGGAAGCCCUUCAGUCACGCUGUACAACAUGUUUCCUGCUCUGGGCUUCCUUUUUGGGGCUCGUAAGACUCUCCUGAAUAACAGAGAUGAAUUGUACACCUUCAUAAAGGCCACCUUCAUAGAACACCUUAAGGAACUGGAUGCAAAUGACCAAAGAAAUUUGAUAGAUACAUUUCUUAUCCAGCAGCAAGAGGAAAAGAACAAGACUAAUGGGUUUUUCCACGAAGAAAACCUGAAGGCAUUGGUGGCUAACUUAUUUGGUGCUGGCACAGAGACCACUUCUACGACACUACGGUGGGGCCUGCUACUAAUGAUGAGGUACCCUGAAAUCCAGAAGAAAGUCCAGGAAGAAAUUGCACGGGUGAUUGGGUCAGUACAGCCACGGACAGAACACCGUACAAAAAUGCCAUACACCGACGCGGUAAUCCAUGAAGUUCAGAGGUUUGCUAACAUUAUCCCUACAAACGUGCCACACGCAACCACAAUGGACGUCACUUUUAAAGGCUACUUCAUUCCCAAGGGAACUUACGUCCUCCCAUUACUGUGCUCUGUGCUGGAAGACGAAACUCAGUGGGAGAAACCACAUAAAUUCUAUCCUGAACACUUUUUGGACUCUGAUGGAAAGUUUGUAAAGAGAGAUGCAUUCAUGCCUUUCUCUGCAGGUCGAAGAAUAUGUGCAGGGGAAACCCUUGCCAAAAUGGAGCUCUUCUUGUUCUUUACAAGUCUCCUGCAGAAAUUCACUUUCCAGCAGGCCCCUGGAAUGUCUAAAGAAGAACUGGACUUUACACCAUCCGUUGGAUUUACAGCACCGCCAGUACCUUACAAGUGCUGUGCCUUGUCACGGUCUUAAGGUUCAGUUCUCUCUGCCUU